CACUCACACACUCACAGCCUCCUCCAGCUCCACCGCCCCCACCAUGGCCGCGUCCACCCUGUCUGUCUGCUCCAGCGACCUGAGCUAUGGCAGCCGCGUCUGCCUGCCCGGCUCCUGUGACUCCUGCCCCGACUCCUCCUGGCAGGUGGACGACUGCCCAGAGAGCUACUGUGAGCCUCCCUGCUGCACCCCUACCUGCUGCGCCCCCAGCUCCUGCACCCCAGCCUCCUGCCUGACCCUCAUCUGCACCCCUGCGAGCUGCAUGUCCAGCCCCUGCCAAUCAGCCUGCACCAGCUCCUGCCAGCCCUCCUGUGGCGGCUCCUCCCCCUGCCAGGAAGACAGCUGUGUGUCUCUCUGCUGCAAGUCCGUGUGCUGCACCCCUGUCUGCUGCACCCCUGUCUGCUGCACCCCUGUCUGCUGCACCCCUGUCUGCUGCAAGACCUCCCCCUGCUUAGCCUCCUCAGGCUGCCAGCAGUCUAGCUGCCAGCCCUCCUGCGGCAGCUCCUCCCCCUGCCAGGAUGACUGCUGUGUGUCUGUCUGCUGCAAGCCCGUGUGCUGCACCCCUGUCUGCUGCAAGCCCAUUGCUCUUUAG